AGGAUUUAGAAAAUGAUGUAGCUUUUCAACAGGCAGCAAAAACAAGUCAUGGAAGAAGACCCCCUGUGACAGCCAAAAUUCCUGCUACAUCAAGUCCAAGACCUCUAGCUACUGGAUUUGGGGCAGGUUUUUGCUCUGUUGUAUCCUUAAUGAAAAUGUCAUUUACAAAAUAUAAAUGUACUAUUUAAUUUCAUGCACAAAAUGAGCCCUUCUAAAUUAAGAAUUUCAUUCCAAUGAACUGCAUCUGAUCAUUGGUUUUAAUUUACAAUUUUUGCUCUUGGUCAAGGCAUGGUUCCUGGUUGUGUUUAUUUUCUCCCGAACCAUGCUGCAAAUCUUCUGUGCUACAUAAGGCAUUAGAGUCCAGGGUAUUAAUUGGGUUCACUUACAGGGGGAACUAAAGAGGUUGUUAUUUGGGGGCUUGGGAAAAUUUUCUGGAAGUUAAGGUGAAAUCAAGUCUUGAAGAAUAUGGGCUCUGAAACAUCUCUAGUUGAAUCAGAAAAAAUUGGUUGUGUUCCUAGAUGUAUUGAUAAAAUAAAUCUGCAUGAAAAUAUUACUUAAGAGAUUAAUACGGUGACAGGUUAUAUCAGCUCUACACAGAAUUUUACUAAACUAUUUUGUCUAAAUUACUUGUUCAAUUUCAAGCUAGCAAUUUCAAUAAUUUAAUAAUGUGAAGUAUGCUGCCUCAGAUAAUUUUCUAUGUACUUCUUUUUAAAAGAGCUGAUGGAAGUAUCGAAAUACAUAAAAAACCUUUGUUGUGAAUGUGUGCUAACUGAAGCAUUCAACAUCUUUGUUUGCCAGGAACUGGCAGUAUAUUGCAUAUGAGUAACCUAAAUGGGAACUUUGCUAUGAACUUAUGUGACAGUUAGCUCAACUUUUAAAAUUUAGUGUUGAGAAGACAGUAUGUAGGCUUCUUAUGCUUUGUGAAUGACAAUUUUAAAUAACUUACUUAUUUUUGUAGUCAAAGGCAACUUUAACUUCAUCUAUGGGAAGACCCAUGACAGGAACUAUACAGGAUGGGAUUUCUCGACCAAUGACAGCAGUGCAAGCUGCAGGUUACACUAAAGCAGCUGCGAGAGGUUCUUCAUUUGAUCCUCUUGGCCAAGCAAGAGGUCCUGCUUCACCUCUGGAAAAGAAAACUUCAGACAGAAGAGAAGAUGAGGCAGUUGGAAAAAAAAGUGAAUGAACUGGUUGAAGAAAGCUGUGUUGCCAAUAGUUGUGGAGACUUGAAAUUGGCUCUGGAGAAGGCAAAAGAAGCUGGAAGACAGGAAAGAGAAUUGUUGAGACAACGUGAACAAAUUGCUCCUCCAGAAAGUAUCAACUUAGACCUCACUUACACAGUUCUCCUCAAUCUGGCCAGUCAGUAUGUUGCUAAUGAAAUGUAUGCUGAAGCACUGACUACUUACCAAGUUAUAGUGAAGAAUAAGAUGUUCAGCAAUGGAGGUAUACUGAAGGUAAAUAUGGGAAAUAUUUAUUUAAAACAACGGAACUAUUCCAAAGCUAUCAAAUUCUACCGUAUGGCUCUAGACCAGAUUACUAGUUCCCACAAACAGAUGAGGAUAAAAAUAAUGGAAAAUAUUGGAGUUGCAUUUAUUAAAACUGGCCAAUAUGUUGAUGCCAUUUCUUCAUUUGAAGAAAUAAUGAACAUAUCCCCAAACCUGAAGGCAGGCUUCAACCUGAUCCUAUGUUACUUUGCUAUUGGAAAUGGUGAGCAAAUGAAGAAAGCCUUCAAAAACCUCAUCGAAGUUCCCUUGGAAGUGGAUUAUGAAGAUAAAUACAUUUCUUUAAAUGAUGAUCUACAUACGAAUCUACUGAUUGAAGCCAUUAAAAAUGACAGUUUAAGUCAAAUAGAACGUGAGAGGAAGUCUUUGGCAGAGGAGUACAUCAUGACAGCUGCUAAACUCAUUGCACCGGCAAUCGAGACAUCUUUUGCAGUAGGCUAUGACUGGUGUGUUGAUGCAGUGAAAGAUUCCCACUAUGUGGAAUUAGCCAAUGAUCUGGAAAUAAAUAAAGCCACUACUUACUUGAGGCAACAGAAUUUUAACCAGGCACUGGAGACUUUGAAAAUGUUUGAAAAAAAGGAUAGUAGAGUAAAGAGUGCAGCUGCAACAAACCUUUCAUUCCUUUAUUAUUUGGGGAAUGAAUUGGAACAAGCAACUAACUAUGCAGAUUUAGCAGUAAAUUCUGAUAGGUACAAUCCAGCAGCUCUAACUAACAAAGGAAAUACUGUUUUUGCAAAUGGAGACUGUGAAAAAGCAGCUGAAUUUUAUAAGGAGGCUCUCAGGAAUGAUUCCUUAUGCACUGAAGCACUUUAUAAUCUUGGUUUAGCUUACAAGAAGUUAAACAGGAUAGAUGAAGCUUUGGAUUGUUUUCUGAAACUCCAUGCAAUCCUUCCAAAUAAUGCCCAAGUCCUUUACCAGCUAGCAAGCAUAUACCAGAUCAUGGAAGAUCCCAAUCAAGCCAUAGAGUGGCUGCUGCAGUUGAUCAGUGUAGUACCAACUGAUCCACAUGUACUUUCAAAGCUAGGGAAUUUAUAUGAUACUGAAGGUGAUAAAUCCCAGGCUUUUCAUUAUUACUGCGAGUCAUACCGGUAUUUCCCUUCCAACAUUGAGGUCAUUGAGUGGCUUGGAGCGUAUUACAUUGACACCCAGUUCUGUGAAAAAGCCAUUGAGUACUUUGAAAGGGCAGCACUUAUCCUGCCAACACAAGUGAAGUGGCAGCUGAUGGUUGCCAGUUGCUACAGGAGAAGUGGCAACUACCAGAAAGCUCUGGAGAAAUAUAAAGUCAUUCACAGAAAAUUCCCUGAGAAUGUUGAAUGCCUGAGAUUUUUAGUUCGUCUCUGCACAGACAUGGGGCUGAAAGAAGUCCAGGAAUAUAUAACAAAGCUCAAGAAAGCAGAAAAAUUAAAAGAAAUCAGAGAGCAGCGCAUUAAAUCUGGCAGAGAGGGCAGUGCACGGAGCCGCAAAGAGGGAAGUGGUGAUAGUGGUGGUAUCAAAGGGGAAAGACUGAGUGCCAAACUGAAAGUUCUGCCUGGAACAAAUGAACCCUAUGAAGGUAGCAGCAGUAAAGAAAUAGAUGCCUCCUACGCAGAUCCACUUGGCCCACAACCAGAAAGACCAAAAACAGCAGCAAGAAAAAGAACAGAGGAAGAUGAUUUUGCUGAUGAAGAGCUAGGAGAGGAUCUGCUUCCAGAAUAGCAUAUGGGCCACUCAUCUUUUUUUUAAUCCUUGUAAAAGUUUUAGCUGAAAACCUUUUCAUUCAUAAUGAUUUUGUAGUGGAAUUUUAUAAACUAUUUGUGAAAUACUUUGAACAUGUGGUACCUUAUGUUAAAAACUUGGAUUUGUAAUUGCAGUGCCUUCUGUGAUUGAUUAAAAAAAUAAUGGUGAGGUUAUUUUACUCAUGCAUAAGAUCUACACAAGUACUCAAACACGUUGCAAGCUGUGUCAAAAACUGUAUAAAGCUUUUGCUUUCAGAGAUCCAUACACUGAUAAUAUUAAACAGAAAAGCCUCUAAAA